AUGUCAGAUAUAUUAGAACAAUCAUUAGAUGAUAUAAUUGGACAAAAGAAGUCUAAUUCAUCUUCAUCUUCAAAUAGAAGAUUUCAAUCACGUAAUAAUAGAAGAGGUUCAUCUCGUUCAUCACGUCAUCAUCAUCCAUAUAGAUCAUCCCGUCGUGAUCAAGAUGAUGAAGAUUUAUUUUCAUCAAGAUCAUCAUCAAGAUCAUCAUCAAGUGGAAUUCCUGAAAAAGUUAGAUUAUUAGCUAAUAAUAGACCAACAUUAAGAAUUAAAAAUAUUCAUCCUGAUUUAAAUGGAGAAGAUUUAUCAAAAUUAUUUUCAAAUGUUGAUGAUGUUGAUUUUGUUAAAUUUGAUGAUGAUAAUGAUACUAUAGCAUAUAUUUGUUUUCAAAGAAAUUGUGAUAUAAAUAAUAAAAAUUCAAUUGAAAAAUUUAAUGGUAAAAAAGCUAUGGGAAAUAUAUUAGUUGUUGAAAAUACAGUUAGUUUAUUUGAUAGAAUUAAUCCAAGAAGUAGAGGUCCAAGAGAUAGAAGAAGAGAUUUAUCACCAUCAAGAAGAAGAGAAGGUCCAAGAGAUGGUGGUGAUAGAAGAAGAGGUGGUGGCGAUAGAAGAGGUGGUAGACAUAGUGGAAGAACUAGACCUGCAAAGAAAACUGCUGAAGAUUUAGAUAAAGAAUUGAAUGAAUAUAUGGGUAAAACUUCAGAUAGUUUAGAUGCUGAAUUGGAUGAUUAUAUGAAAAAAGGUAACCAAGAAGAACAACCUGAGCCUGCUGCUAAUACUGCUACUACUACAACAACAACUGAAGGUGAUGUAAUGAAUGUUGAUUAA